AUGUCAGACCAAGAGGCUGAUGAUAAUUUCGAAGAAGAUAAUGAUUUUAUUAAUAAUGAUAAUUCCAAUUCACAAAGAACAACAUUUCAAGAUUUGGGUGUAAAUCAAUGGUUAAUUGAUUCUUUAAAAGCUAUGUCAAUAAAGUAUCCAAGUGAAAUACAAAAACAUUGUAUACCACCUAUACUAUCAGGUAGAAAUUGUAUAGGUGGAGCAAAAACAGGCUCAGGUAAAACUAUAGCUUUUGCACUUCCUAUUUUGCAAAAAUUAUCAGAAGACCCAUAUGCAGAUCAAUUUAAAGUAUUAGGUAAAAGUAUAAAUCUUAAAAGUAGUGUAAUAGUAGGUGGACUUGACAUGAUGAAUCAAGCAAUUGAAUUGUCAAGAAAACCACAUAUAGUGAUUGCCACACCAGGACGUUUAGUAGGUCAUAUAAAUAAUAGUGGUGUAAAAUCAAAUCUUGCUAGAAUUAAAUUUUUGGUUCUUGAUGAAGCAGAUUUUUUAUUAACCGAUACAUUUACAAAAGAUCUUAAAAUUAUAUUUGAUUCAAUACCUGAAACUCGUCAAACAUUAUUAUUUACAGCAACAAUGACAGAAAAUAUUCUAGAAUUAAAAAAUUCCCCAAAAAAUCCUUUUAUUUAUCAAGUAAAAUCAAGUAUUUCAACAGUGUCAAAACUUUUACAAUAUUAUAUAUUCAUACCAUCACAUGUAAAAGAGCCUUAUUUAAUUUAUUUAUUAAGAUCAAAAAUUAAUGAUGAACUUUUAUCAAAUAAAUCAGUAAUAAUAUUUUGCAAUCGUUGUCGAACAGCAGAAAUGUUAAGAGUGAUGUUGAUAGAAUUAGGAUUAAGAUGUACAAGUUUACAUUCUACCAUGAGUCAACAAGAAAGAUUAAAUAGCUUGGGAAAAUUUAAAGCUGAAGUAAUUAAAAUAUUAAUAUCUACAGAUGUUGAUCCAACUGAUUACAUUCAUAGAGUUGGCAGAACUGCAAGAGCUGGUAGAGGUGGAUUGGCAAUAUCAAUUAUGACUGAACAUGAUAUAAAAUCAAUUCAUAAUAUUGAAAAUAGAAUAAAUAAAAAAUUAGAAGAGUGGGAAAUCAAUGAAAAUAAAGUAAUCGAAACAUUAAAUGAACAACUUCAUGACACUAAAUUUGGAGAAAUUAAAGAAAUUCAGAAAAAGAAGAGAGAGAUAGAAAAUGGUAGUUAUGAUGAUAAUAAGAUUAAUAAUAAAAAAGUAAAGAAAGUUAAUAAAUCUAAAGAAGUUAAUAAAUGA